AUGGAAACUAAGGAAGAGAAAAAAAAGAGAAUCCUAGCAACAGGAAUGUCGUUUAUUUAUUUUUUGAUAUAAACGCUAAAUCUAAUUAUCUGCAUUCAACAAUAUUCUAUAAAUAAUAAAAUUGGCUAUUUCGUUUUGAUCUUGGCAAUUUUUAUUUUAGAUAAAGUGAUGUCUUUUUUUAUCUUAAAAAAAGAAAAGUUUGGAUAUGAGAUUUUUAUUUUAGACAUGCUAAAUUUAGGAUUUAUUUCCAUAUACUUGAAGAGAUAUCCUUCAUUUUAUCGUCCAAUGUAUGGAGCUAAGUUAUUUUUCGUUAUAAUUCCUACAAUUUUUGUUCAAAUCAUAUUUUUCUUUGGCAGAGACAUGAUAGAUGAAACUAAAGAAAAGAAUAUUUAAAUUCUUAUGAUUAUUGUUUAUGUAUUUUAUCAAUUGCUGUAAAUUAGAUGCUUUUUAGCUCUAAGAGUUGAAUAUAAUAGGACAUUUAAGUAGUAAGUAUAAAUGAUUAUUGUAUAUACAUUGAAUAUUUUUUCUAAUUAUGGUAUUUGGCUGGUAUUUGCUUCUCAUAGAGACUCAUAAUUUUAAAUUUCUUUGCUAUUUUAUGGUACUUUGCUAUUUCUGUUAAUGGUUGGAUACUAGUCUUACUAGCUUUAUAAAUUAUAAGAUUCUACUUUCUUACUAAAUUUCCUCUAUAACAUGAUAACUAGUACAAACUACACAACUGAGUAUGGUUACUACUUCCAUCAUUACAAUAAUAACUUUGAAGAUUUAUACCGUGAAAGAUAAAAUGAUUUACUAAUUAUGUCUCUUUACAAAUCAGCACAGCUAUUCAUUUAUUUCACACUAGGAGACGUUAAGGAUUUUUAAGAUAAAUAUCACAUACUAUAAUAAGCUUCCUCUUUUAUGGUAGUAAUUACUUUUCUUGAUAUCAUAUCUAAUAUAAUACAGUACUUUUUUGGAAUUCGUAUGGUAUUCUACAGAAUAAGGACAUCUAAACUAACCUCUACAAAAUCUAUUGCUGAGGCAAUAAUGAAAGUCGAUCCUUCUAAGAAAUUCAUAUACAUUAAUAAUAAAGAACAUAGUAAAGACAGUAGUGGUAGUCUGAUUCCUUCAGAUCAUAAUUCAAUAUAAAUGGAUGUCAUUCGUAGUGUUGAAUCCUCUAUAGAUUACAGAGAGCUCAAAGUAUCUUCAGAGCUUGAUAAUUAUCUGGCAUAAAGGUUUUUGCAGCGCUUAACUGUUAUACAAUAAGACCAUGGCUGUGUACUUGUAGAGUACCCAAAACUCAAUAUCAGUUCAUAAAAAUUCGAAGUAAAUAGAUAUGUUAAUUUUGCUCAAAUAUCUAGCUUUUUCUGCAAAUCAGAUGCAAUCCCAUCAAAUACUUUUGAUAUUCAUGCUGAUUGGGAAAGCAUUUUUAUGUAUAGGUUAUUGACUAAAGGUUUAGAUUUGAAUUAUAGAAAUAAUGAUGAGACAUAUAAAUAUUGUGUUGAAGCUUAUUUAGAUAUUUACCUACCAAUGAUGAUUCUUUAUAAGUAUUACUAACCUUAUUUAUUUUAAAAAGUACAUUAAGUGGUCUAAGAUAUUUAUUCUGAUUUUUUUUGA